AUGACUGCACGAAGAAACACUAACCCUUCAUCAAGUUGGAUCAAUCCGAUCAAGGGCAGAGCUAGAAGGAAGUCCAUAGACUUUGAACUUCGAUCACCACCACCGCACUCGGCUCAAUACGAGAUGAAUGAUGGAGGGAACGUUCAGGUCCAGUACUACGACAAGCAGAAGCGGGAACAAAAGCAGCAACAAUCGAUGAAUGGCGGCGACGAUGUUGGAAAUGAGUAUGAUGAAGAAGAGGGCGAAGAAUUCGAGGAUGAAGAUCAAUCUGGAAACGUAGAUGUUCAUGGAGGAGAAGCUGAUGGAUGUGAAAGCAAGGGUGACAACGAAUACUGGAAUGCCAAAGAUCUUUUGAUUAAAUUUGGUGAAGAAAUGAGUCUUCCAGUCAAAAAAGUUGAUGCUGAAAAAAAAGAGUGUAUUGUUCAUAAGACUGCUAUCAUUGGGUUUAAUGAGAGCAUUAUAUUAUGGGGGAGACAAGGAGGAGGAAGAUUCAGAGGGAAGGAGAGCCUUGCAUUUCGCAUGUGGAUUUGGGGAAUUCUCCUUGAGGUUGGAGCCAAAGUUGUUGCUUUAGAUAAUAAUAACGACACCCCCUUGCGCUAUGUUGCUGCUUAUGGAGAGAAAGAAUGCGUUGCCCUUUUGCUUGAUUAUGGUGCUGACAUUACACUACAAGACAAGGACAGUGACAUGCCUAUUGAUGGUGCGAAACUGCAGAAUUGA